GGGAAUCUGUUUUUCCUUCAAAGGUAGAAAAAGAGUUUGGAAUAUUCCAACAAUGGAUGAAGGAGCAUGGAAGAAUCUACCCAAACUUCGAAGAGAGCGAAACUAGAUACCAGAUAUUCCAGAGGAAUCUCAGGUAUAUCACAGAGAUGAAUGCUAAGAGAUCAAACUCGACUUUCAGUUAUCGUUUGGGCCUCAACAAGUUUGCUGAUAUGAGUCCCGAGGAGUUCAAGAGAGUGUACCUACGUGAGCUCAAGAUUCCGACCACCACCAACACCACGACUGGUUCGAGGACGGAUUAUGCGGAGCAGAAGGACUCCUGUGGAGCACCUGCUUCCAUGGAUUGGAGACAGAAUGGAGUUGUCGUUGGAGUUAAAAACCAGGGAAGCUGUGGUAGUUGUUGGGCAUUUGCAGCUGCUGCAGCCAUUGAAUCAGCACACGCAAUAUCCACAAGGGAACUUGUUUCCCUUUCUGAACAAGAACUCAUCGAUUGCGAUUCCAAGGGCCAGGGCUGUUCGGGAGGAUGGCCGUCUUAUGCCUUUGAUUGGGUUGUGGGAAAUGGUGGUAUAAGCAAAGAAGAUGAUUAUCCUUAUGCUGCUCAAAAGGGUUAUUGCAGAGCCAACAUGAAUGGGAAUAGUGCCGUGAAAAUUAGUAGUUAUCAACGUGUAACACCAUCUGAUGAUGCUCUCAUGUGUGCUACUGCUCAGCAGCCUAUUGCUGUGGCUUUAGAUGCAACAAAUAUUCAGCUUUAUAACGGUGGAAUUUAUGAAGGUGAGGAUUGCCCAAGGGAUUCAAACCGUUUGAAUCAUGCAGUCUUGAUUGUUGGAUAUGGUUCGGAAGAUGGAAAGGAUUAUUGGAUUGCGAAGAACUCAUGGGGAGAAGGUUGGGGAAUGAAAGGAUACAUCUUAAUCCAUAGGAACACAGAUUUACCAAAUGGAGUUUGCUCUAUCAACACUGCAGCCUCCUACCCAAUCAUAUAAAGCUACCACUUCUAUUGUCAAUUUUCUUGUAUGUGGGUUACUUUGAACCAAAAUCUAUCAUAAAGUUUAAAUAAAAUGUCAUAAAUUAUAUUAUUAAUUAUAGCAAAUCAUUUUAUAUGUUGUAUUAUUUAAUAUUACUAAA